AUGAAAGGCAACCUUCUUAGAAGCUUCAAUCUUGAUUCGUCUGAGCAAACAGGAACGUACUGGGACGCUGCGCACAUGCCAGAGGGGCAAGGUGUUAUCACGGAUGCGCCCGACUGCGUGUUGUACCCGCAGAGCCACGAGGACGUCGAACGCAUCGUGCAGGCUGCUCACGUCCACAGGGCUCACCUGAUCCCCUCUGGCGGCAGGACGAACAUCGUGGGCGCGACCGAGGCCGAGCGGAUCGAGAACAGGUUCGUGGCCUCGCUCGACCUGAGGCGAAUGAACAGGAUGCUCUGGGUCGACAAGAAGACCAUGACCGCCUGCUUCGAGGCUGGCAUUCUCGGUCCCGAUCUCGAGAACGGGCUCAAGAAGGAGGGCCUUUCCCUCGGUCACGACCCCGACUCCUUCCAGUGGUCCACCCUGGGCGGCUGGUUGGCCACCUGCUCUUCGGGCAUGCAGUCGGACAAGUACGGCGACAUCGAGGACAUGUGCCUGUCCCUCAAGGUCGUCACGCCGGGCGUGGGCACCAUCACCACCCCGUUCGUCCCGCGCAACGGCUCCGGCCCUGCUCUCAAGCACCUCUUCAUCGGCACCGAAGGCGUGAUGGGCGUGAUCACGCAGGCGGUGAUGCGGGUGCACAAGAUUCCGGCCAAGCAGGAAUUCCACGGCAUCCUCUUCCCGUCCUUCGAGCACGGCGUCGCGGCCAUCCACACCAUGGUCCGCAAGGAAUCCCACCCCGCCAUGGUCCGGUUGUACGAUCCGGAUGAGACGCGGCUGUCGUUCCAUAUGAAGCCCAAGUCGUCGAAGCUCGUGUCGGCCUUCUCCGAGCUCCUCAAGAAGUUCCUCGAGCGCUUCAAGAACUUUGACCUCCAGAACAUCUGCCUUAUGAUCGUCGGCGUCGAAGGCGAGGUCGACAACGUCAACUUCCAGAAGAAGAAGGUCUUCAAGAUCGCCAAGGAGGCCGGCGGGUUCUGGAUCGGCCAGGGUCCCGGCAAGUCGUGGCACGAGAAGCGAUACGACCUGCCCAUGCUGCGCGAUCUCCUGCUCGAGAAGGGCCUGUGGGUGGACGUCGCCGAGACCGCCGUCUCUUUCUCCAACCUGCUCCUCCUGUGGAAGGACGUCAAGGAGUCCGUGCUCGACGCCUUCAAGGAGCGCAACGCGCCCGGCUGGAUCGGCGCCCACAUCUCGCACACCUACACGUCGGGCGUGUGCAUCUACUUCCACUACGCGAGCGUGCAGCAGCUCGACAAGAAGGACGACGUCCACGGCGAGGAGGACCUCAGCAUCUACCUCGACGCCAAGAAGGCCGCCACCACCGCCAUCCUCAGGAACAAUGGCGCGUUGAGCCAUCACCACGGCGUGGGCUACGAGCACGUGCCCUUCAUGAGCCGGUACAUCGGCAAGUCCAGCAUCAAGCUGCUCUCCGACAUCAAGAAGACGUUGGACCCGGCGUCGGUGUGCAACCCGGGCAAGCUGUUGCCAGAGGCCGGCAAGGAGGACAUGGACAACGAGGACCUCUCGUUCUACAAGUAUGGCUUCGCCUCCCUCACCGACCAGCUCAAGCAGGCCUCGUCCGUCAGGGCCAAGAGCGCGCUCUAA